AUGCUUAUAAGAAUCAACAAAGUGUUCACUCUUCUUAAAGAACACACAUAUGUUAGCUAUGCAAAAUUUGCAACCAUUGGAGGUUUUUGUGAUCUUGAUCACAUUGUAGUGAAAGCCACUUCCCCUGGUGACACACCGUUGCCCGAUCGAUAUGUACACGAAAUCCUCCAAAUCUUUGCCAUUUGUCCGUCUUCCUUUGGCUCAUUCGUGCUAUCUUUUAGUCGACGCUUUGGCAACACAGAGUGCUGGAGAGUCGCGUUGAAAUGCCUCGCCCUCCUUCAUCGGCUACUUAAGGCAUUGCCCUACACUAGCCCUUUUCGCGAUGAGCUCUUGUUGGCACGGUCAAAUGGUUUGGUGUCUCUCUAUCCUCGUGAUUUCAAGAAUCGCUUGUCCUCCGCCUCUCAGGAUUACGCCAACUUCAUUUGGUCGUAUGCACGCUUGCUCAAUGAGUCCCUCGACUGUUGUGCCACUCAGGCGAAAGAGAAUGAUUUCAUCGACAAGAUGGAUGAAGUAAGGCUAAUGCUAGAAGUCCUGCCACAGUUACAAAGCCUACUAGACAGUGUCAUGGCGUGCAGGCCGACAGGUCAAGCAAUGCGUAAUGCCAUAGUUCAAUCUGUCAUGAAAUAUGUGAUUCGCGAUAGCUUCACGUGUUACAUUACAUUCAGAAAACACAUUGUUGAAGUACUAGAUCAUCUCAUACAAUUGCCAUACAUAAAUUGUGUUGCAGCAUUUGAGAUUUACAAGAAAGCAGCAAAUCAAGCAAAUGAACUUUGUGAGUUUUAUGAAUGGUGCAAGUGUUUAGGACUUUGUGGCAUGUAUGAGUAUCCCUUCAUUGACAAAAUCCCACAAAUACAAAUCACAGCUCUUGAGAACUUCCUCAAUGGGAUGUGGCAAUCAACAGAUGAUCCAUCCUCUUCAACGUCGACCGAUGAUAGCAACGAUUAUAAGCAGAAACAUACUAUGUUGUUUGGAACCUCUAAAAAUGUUGUCGCGCUCAUGUCAGAUCCUUCAGGAAUGUGUAGUUUUUGGGGAGUCCAAAGCGCGUGCGACAGUAUUUCUGAAGAGUUCGAGCAAUAUAGGAAACAAGAGACACAAUCAACUGAUGAUAGCAACGAUUAUAAGCAGAAACAUGCUAUGUUGUUUGGACCCACUAAAAAUGUUGUCGCGCUCAUGUCAGAUCCUUCAGGAAUGCGUAGUUUUUGGAAAGUCCAAAGCAUCGAGUUCGAGCAACAUAGGAAACAAGAACCACAAUCAACCGAUGAUAGCAACAAUUAUAAGCAGAAACAUGCUAUGUUGUUUGGACCCUCUAAAAAAGUUGUCACGCCCGUGUCGGAUCCUUCAGAAAUGCAUGGUUUUGGGGGAGUCCCAAGCAUGUCCGACAGUAUUUUUGAAGAGUUCGAGCAACAUAGUGAAAUGCAACCUUUGAUACAACUUGAAGAUGACAAUCAAGAUUGGGAGACACUUUUGGAUGCUUGUGUUUCUCUACAAACCACAACUUCAACAAACAAUUUUUACAUACAAAACAAUGCAUACCAAUAUGCUGAGGAAUGGAAAGACCAGCAGAAAAAUGGUUGGGAAAUACAAGUGUAUCAGACAAAUAAGAGGUAA